UUUGAAAACCACCCCCCCAUUUGCAUCUGCGGGGCAUAUGAAAUACACUCAAAUUUUAAAGCCCUACCCGCACCUUAAACCCCUAAAAUCUGCGACUCAAAACACCUAAAAUUAACACUAUGAACAAGUGGUGGCGAAGCCUGAGGACGGCAAUCCAGUCCCCACAACAGCCAUUAUCACCACAGCUACCAUUUCAAUCGUCACGUUACCACACAAUCCAAGCAAUACCUCGAGAGGUUGUAGGCAGCAGAGUUUCAGCUAGAGAAAGAGAGCAAGGUAGAAUCCCUGCUGUGGUUUUCUCUCAGAGUCUCCUUGAUAUAAAUCCAUCAAAUCGGUAUACAUCUAGGAAGAGAUUAUUGACUACUGAGAAAAAGCAGAUUCAAGCAAUUCUUAAGUCCGUAGAACUCCCUUUCUUUUGCUCCACUACUUUCCCUCUUCAGAUCCGAGCUGGGACCGGGUCAUCGGUUUUGCUUGAAUCCGGAACUGUAUUGCCCAUUAAGAUACACAGGGAUGAAAAGACAGGGAAGAUAUUGAAUUUGGUGUUUGCUUGGGCUGAUGAAGGAACUGAGAUGAAAGUUGACGUGCCGGUUGUUUUCAAAGGAGAAGAAAAUUGUCCCGGUCUUAAGAAAGGAGGCCAUUUGAAGAUGAUGAGAAGUACUCUAAAAUAUCUCUGCCCAGCUGAACACAUUCCUCAAAAAAUUGAGGUGGACAUAAGCAAUCUAGAUAUUGAAGAUAGAUUAUUCAUGCGUGAUAUUGAGGUUCAUCCAUCUUUGAAGCUUUUGAGUAAGAAUGAGAACAUGCCUGUAUGUAAGAUUGUGGCAACAAAUUUGGAUGCCCCGGAACCCGCGGCAUUGAAUUUAGAAAGCCCAGAACCUGCAGAGAUAUAGCCAGUGGAGUGCCUGUGAAUCACCUCAGCAGAAAAGACUAGCAACCGCAAUGUUAGAAGUUUAGAAUAAUAAGUUUGUUGUUUUGUCUAGAUUAUGGCUUGCGUUGGUGUUUUGGGAUUCUCAAACCAAGGAAGACAUUCAUGGAUAGAUUCGUAGGCAUGUUAUAUUUAUGCUUUUAGCGUCAUAGUUACUUUGUUGGUAGGUUGCAUUAGUUGCUGCUAAAUGAUGCAUGAAUGUAUCAAACAUGAAAGAACUGAGAUGGCGUAUGACCUUGUUCUUUUUUUCUUUUUUCUU